UUGGUUCUGAAAAGAUGGCGGACUCUUGUUUUCAAGAUCGUUCAUAUAGAAAUACGAUAAUUUUGAAAUGCACUGUGAAAGUUGACAUGUCGUAUGCGUGAUAGCGUCAAGUGCACGAAAGUAUCGUUACGACAGAUUUAAUUGCCGUAUCGAGGGAGUUACUUCGAGCGUUGCAACUGACGCGAAAGCGGUGUCUUCAGCGUGUGGGAUUACACGAACUCUGAUUCCAGUGGUUUUCAAAGAUUUCUGUUGUUUUGUGUACGAAACACCCCACGAGGAACUGGAAGACGACAUCGUCGCUCGGGGAGUAAAAUGAUCUGACCCCGAUGGACUUUUACAAUGUUUAAUACAUCGAUGAUCGAUGCAUUGGGUACGCUUAUUUGGUUAGGUUGAUUUGCUAGGUAGACGUUAUACCUAUGAUACCCGAGCAAAGCUCCACGUGUUCCUCUCGGUGGUUCACGUUAAAGCGUGACAUCCAGACAAGUUCGUAGAUUGUUUAUUAAAUGAAUUGUGCUUGCCCAUAAUGGCCACAAGCGAAUUCGACGUGGAGCUCUUCGAGCGAAGGCUUCACACACUCAAGGAUUCCCAGGAGUCGAUACAGGGUCUUUCAGCUUGGUGUUUGGAAAGACGACAGCACCAUAAGAAGAUUGUUGCCACUUGGCUGCAAGUGCUGAAGAAAGUAAAAGUUGAGCAUCGUCUCACACUGUUUUACUUGGCGAACGACGUUAUCCAAUACUCGAAAAGAAAGAAUUUCGAGUUCGUGGAAUCAUGGGGCACGACUCUGCAACGUGCGACGACGAUGGUACGAGACGAAAAAGUGAAACAUCGUAUAUUGAGGAUCUUCAAAAUAUGGGAUCAACGACAAGUGUACGACGAAGAGUUUCUCGCAGAUUUGUCCGGGCUAAUUUCGGCGGCACCGAAAAAGAAAUUAGAUCCUCAGCCAAUGGCCCCACCGGAAGAGUUUCAAGCUGCUCUGCUCAUUUCUACGAUGAGAUCGUGCGCUACGUUGGAACAAGCAACGGACGCACGAUUAAGAGACUUACGGGAAAGUAACAUCGACAUAGAAAACGCAGAGGAAUUGUGCGCUUCUUUAAAAGAUCGAAGAAGAGUCGAAGACGCGGAGAAAGAAGUCGAUUCGGCAGUGAGAAACGUUGAAAACUAUGUUCGCGCGUUGGAAGCAGAGAUCAGAGAAAGGACACAAGUGCUCGAGUUAUUGGAACAAGCCGAUCAGUUUUACGAAACUCAGAGAGGGGAAGUUAAAAUAGUUACUAAUGCAUAUAGGAAUUUCGGAAGUCGCGUGAAAAACUUGAAGAAGAAGUUGGACGAAUUGUUACCUACAUUGAUUUCUCCAAUCCCGUCGCCAGAUAUAAAUGCUCCAUCUCCGAGUCCUGAUAGCGAUAUCGAACUUCCAGGCGACGAAACCAUGGUUCAAAGUCAGCUAGGAAUCAUAGACGUAGCCCCACCGUCUAUGUACGGUUCUUACUCCCACGAGUACGAUCCUGCGCCAGUACCAGCUCCAGAAUUGGGCCAGGCCAACGACUCCGGUGACUUCACCAACAAUUUCUCAUCCUUUAUAGGAGGAAAUAUGGAUUUUGGUAAUAUGAGAAAUUUAUUUAACGAAAGAUCGUCAACGCCUACUGGAAUGUCGCAACAGUAUAACGAUUCUUUAGAGGCUAAACCGAUAGAAGUAAUCAACAUGAGGCCCUCCAAGAACGAAAAUAGCAACGUAGACUUCAAUAUCUCUAGCUUUUUAAAGACUGUUCUUCCUUCUUCCGACGGAACACAAGACCCCGGUGGUAUACCGGGCCUCGGACUAGAUAUUCCCGAAACACAAAUCGAAUCUCCUCAGCGUUCGAAUUACAGACAUUCGCCUGUGCUAGGACAGCAUCCUGUAACUCCUGUGAUCUCAAGAAUGAUGGGCAAUCAGAGCACGCCCAUGGGUGUAAAUAAUUGCCAGUUAAGUCACAGUACUCCGUUGCCCGUACGGAACUUGUCCGGCGAGUCGCAUACCCCUUCCCCUUACUCCAGUCAAAACAGUCAGAGCAAUAUCAUCGGACCUUUCGAUGGCCCUAAUAAUAAUAACACCGUCAAUCCCUUACCACCCCCGCCGUUACCUCCGCCUAUAUUCCUCGACGACGAAAAUUGUUACAACAAAUUGCCACCUAAAUUCCCUACCUGGACUCCUCCGAGCGAAAGCAUCAAGGAACCUGCCAAGUGGGAAGAAAAGGCGGGUUUCGCUAUAUCUUCAGGCAAAAAUAGUAUGAAUCCAACCUGGCCUGGUGAGUGCGAUGAGAAAUCGAAAGCGUGGAUGGACGGAGAUUCGGAUAGGUGGGAUCCUAGUAACGAGACAACGUGGGUGAACACCGGUAGAGGGAAAAGCGAAAUCCUGAGCGAAACGCCAGAAUCGCCGCCUAUAUACGAAAAGGCUGGAUUCACGGAUCCGGUAGAGUACGAUGACCCCCAACCGCAAGAAUCUCUUCUGAGUACCACCGGAGAUGUGGACCACAGAGUAAUACCGAUUCCGAUGACCGUGGAGAAUCCGUUGCCGUAUCGACUGAUGAAAGCAGCGGACGUCGAUCAUCGUAAUCUGAUCAGCUUGACGGGAAGUCCGGCGAAUCACAACGUCAGCGAGAGCUCCAUGAACACGAUACCCAAUAGUAGUAGUUUAUGGUCCACGAGCGAUCAGGAUUACCGGCAACACAUGCAGCCUGGCGACAUCGUGGAAAGCGUCGACAUGGAGAUGUCGGACGACGAGACCGACAGUAAGCCAAAGGGAAGGGUUUUGGUCGACGUGAGGUCGCAAGAUAGGGAUAUGAGGAUUGGUAACCCGCCAGGGUCGUCUCAGCACAUGGACAUGGACAUGCGUAUGAUUCCUCUACCCGCUGGCCAAAUGCCGGGUUCUCACGGGCAAAUGAUGCAAGACGUGCGCAUGAUGCACUCGGGACCUCCUCCGCCGCCGCCCCCGCCACCUCAGUUUCAUCCGGGUCAAUCGUUUCACCAGGACCAGUCCGACUUCCGACACAAUCCAGCCGCAGAUUUUCAUCCGUCUCAAUCGAAUUUCCACCAAAACAGGCCGCCGCCUAGCUUUCUACAAAAUCAGCAAGACUUUGGCCAGCAGGAUUUCCAUCCGAUGCAUUCGAACCAGCCCGACUUCCCCCAGGACUUCGAGUACCGCGACAAUCACAAUUUGAGACCUACCCAGGAGUUCCUCGGCGAGCAGCAGAUGCGCGGCAGGUAUUCGCAGCCGUCGGAGCACCAGCAUCGGGACAUGCCCUUUCAUCGGAACGACAGAGGUGGUCGCGGUGGUCGAGGAUUCCAAAGGAACCGACGGGACCGAUACUCCGACGAUCACAACAAACCGAGGAACCCUCAGAACAAUCGAAAGCGGACGCAAGAUCAGCAUCACAGGUCCUCGCCCGAGAUCUUGCCCAAUAGUCGGCCGUUGUUGCUGCAACCACCGGACACGGUGGUCAUCCUCGACGAGGAGGGCAUGCCCAUAGGGAUCCCCGACGACAAGGACAGCCCAGCGAAUGCAGAGCAUCCGCCGGAUGUGGAUCACGAAGAAAUUCCGCAGUCCUUGUCGUUGGACCGUAGACCCUCGCUCGGGACGACGAACUCCCGUGACCUGGACCAGUCCGUUUACUCCGAUGGCUCGAGUCUCGUUUGCGAGCUCGAACCGACGGCCGAGCCCGAGGAGCAGCUGAGCCAGCAAGUAACGGUCGUGCCCGUGAUAACGGAUCCUAAGGAUCCCCAGCACGCUCAGUAUGUCCCGAUAUCGGAGUACGAGGAGCACGUGGAGUCGGAACCUCUCGAGAAGAUUUGCGACGACAGCGAGCCACUCGAAAACCCCCAGGAGGCGAGUAUCUCUGAGCAGAGUCUCACGGAACAAAUGGAGGAUCUAAUGGCGAGCAACGAUCUCAAGAGACCCUCGACGAACGGCAGCUUCGACGAGCAGAACGACGUCGCGUCCUGCAAGAAGCGACUCGUGACCAACGGGCCUCAAAUUCCAACUGGUUCCGAUUCAGGUUUGAACGGACCGAUCGCCCAGGCGUCCGUGGACGUUCAUUCGGGGAUAUACGACUUCGAGGGUCCCAUGGGGCCCAACUUCCGACCUCGUAUCAGCGGUCCCGUGCCGUUUCCUCCGUGGAGAGGCGGUCCGCCGCGCGGCAGAGGGUUCAGGGGCGGGCCCAGGGCACCCUGGAUGGACAGAGGGCCUCGUGGCCCGGCGAUCGGCAACUUUAUGCCCAGGGGACUGAAACGUGGGGGACAGUUCAGGGGUAACGGUUUCAGGGGUCGGGGGCGCGGGAACAAUUGGUAGAGGGCUGUCGACUCACGAUCAGUCUCUCCCUGCAAUUCGUAACAAGAGAAGUGAUUCGCGACGCUUUCGACGAACGUUUUGUAUUUCGUAUACCGAAGAACGAAACGGUUCUCGUGACGUCACAGGCGUACUAGCGCUACCAGUGAAGAAACUACGUUCUCUCGAACCUCGCAUGUACGUAAGAUAGAUACUCGAGUGCUUAAAAAAUGUUGUGUCGCGUAGCUGUCGACAGCAUACGGUCUCCUACGCAUCUACCUUGCGCACACGUGGCGUUCGAACGAGGAUCGGUCCUCUGCCUACGAUGCUCGUGUGCCCGUGACGUCGUAACAACUGUUUUGCUCCUUGGUGUACAUACGACUCCGCAAAUCGUCGAUCUCGGGACACUAUGCGUGCUACUUCCUCGCCAGGAGGAAGUGGGACAAGGCGGAAGGAAGGUGAUCCCAGAUAGUGAGAUCGUCCCUCGCGGAGGGGAUUCACGUUUCUGCGCGAUCGAACCGCCUAUAUACAUAUAUAAAUAAACUAUAUAAAUAUAUAGAUAUAAAAGGUAACACACGUACACACUCUCGGAAAGCUCGAACUCACACGUACCGCACGGAACUGCAAAGAUUGCUGCUAGAGUAAUCCACGCGACAGAGGUCGGUAAAAAUAAUUAAAAUUUGUCCUCGUUCGUCAUCGAUACUCCCAUUUCUCGAGUUCCCGUUAUUCGGGUUCGACCAGCUCGCCAGUGUCUUUAACCGAGGGGUUGGUACGGAUAAUUCUCUACCAUCCCUCGGUUAAGGAUAAUUGAUCGGUUUUGCUGUUCGAUUGUUACGAAAUUCUGACAGAUAUUGGAACAAAUGUUUCGAAAGUUUCUGUCCGUUCUGGACGUUCCAUUCGGGAGCAAUCUACUCGAUACUCCCAUAGAGAUACCAUGGAUUAUAAUAACAUCGAUUACUUUUCUUAAAUUAAAUACAUAACAGAAAGGGAUGUCUUGUUCGUCGUCGAUAUUCCAUUCCAUUACUCGAGUUCGACCAGCUCGCCAGUUAUCUUUAAUCGAGGGUUGGUAUGAACAAUCUACCAUCCCUCGGUUAAAGAUAACCGGUCGAUUUCGUUGACGGAUAUCGGAAUAAACGUUUCUAAAGUUUCUGCUCGUUCCGGACGCUCUCCAUUCAGGAGCAAUCUUCCUAGUUCCUCGGUAUACAUGUAUGUACAACGUUUGUUAAGAUCUUAGACACCGUUUCACGUGUACGCGUCGACGGGUACAGAUAUAUUUAUCGACCCGUGGAUGGUUCGUUCUCGACGAGAUUCUUCCCCCCACGGGUCGCUUCUCCGUUCGCUUGCCUCUACGUGUAACGUUAAUCGCCCGGUGUGUCUCCGUCGGGGUCUCAAUUUAUAGAACAGGCGUGUCAAAUGAACCUUCAAAAAGUGUAUUAAUAAAAAUGCAAUGUUUAUGUUCUGGUCCACUUCGUACAUUUCCCUUGAUUUUUUUCUUUUCACGAGGAACACGUCGACGAAAAUUUCUUGUCAAAUCGCGCACGACUCGCGUCGUUCCGUUGAUAUAUUUCAUGUAAACGAGCGAAAGAGAAACUGCGAACAAGCAUAAGUCUCUGUCGACGACGAUUCGUUUGCUAGUUAGUUGUAUUUAUAAUUUCACGUUCCGCAGCGCUGAUUUUACCAACGAUUUCAAAACGACGAAGCUUUGUACGUUCACAGAUACAGUGAUUUCGGAAAAUGUCUCGAACAAAGGUUGAGUGUUUCCGCGAGGGACGUAAUUUCGCUCGAGUAGCUUUUUUCCUAAGUGGCAUCACGGAGGUUUGAAGGACAACCUUCUACUUUUUUUUUCAGUUGAUCUUUGAAUCUUCCUCCCACCUAUGAAAAGCUAUUUCCCUUGGAAACGAUUUAACUUUUCUUGUUCGAAACGAUAAUUGUAAGGUUUGCUUUGUUGUUUAAAAUAAAAAUUGAAAACAAAAAUUGAAGUACUGGUCCGCCAAACGUAGUUUGCUAGAAUAUUUUCGACCUUAUUAUUUCAGUCCUUCUCGAUGAUAAAUAUUUAUUUAAUAUAGUAUUAAAGUGUAAUAGGAGAGAAUAUUUUAACAAUAACGUGGACAGUAGAAGAAAUUCGGUAAAUGUUAGACGAUCGUUCGAGUAAGAAAGUGUCAAAGUUUUUUUGUUUUGAAACUUUUUAUUGAAGUUCAAUUGUUUUCUCUCCUUAGAUAAGUGGAGUGUGUUUAAGACUACAAACUGUAAAAACAAUCGGCGUGUAAUUACCUAGUAUAAGUAUUAGUGUGUUAUACGAAAUAUAUAAAAAAAAGUUAAUUUUAUUAAUUUUACGAAAUGAUUAAACUUCAACGCUAUGCUCGUGGUUACUAAUUGUUUUUCGUAUAUAAUUUAUAGAAAAAUAUUAUCACCGAGGAGGACCUGGAUAACGUUGUAAAAAUUCUAACAAUCUUUAUACUUGGAGGAAAGAAAAGUUCAGUUUUUAUUCCUUAUUUAUCGCUUAGCGCAUUCGAGACCGACGACUUUCGACAGAACUCUUCUCAAUGGUCGCCAAUAAUUUUUAUAAUUAAAUUUUGACCCAGCACGUUUGCUACUACGGUUUACCUGCUUAGCCCUCUGUCUCGUAUGCGUUAUAACCGCAUUUCGAAUCGAUCUCGUCUCGAUGAGAGUUUAAUUGCGUUAGACGCAUGAAGUAUAUUGGCAAGCAAACGAAUCGUCGUCAGCAUGUCUCGCGUAGAUAUCGCUAGCGCACAGGAGAUAAGUGUACCAAGACGAAUCCUUGAAACCCAGUUGAUUGUUCAAUAAAACAUUGCAAUCUACCGAGGACCUUGACAGCACUCUACGAGAUCGUGAAUCUGCUCGAUCGUACCCCAAAUGUGGGCACGUUUUAUUUAUUCGGACGUCGAAGCGAAAAUAACUCGAGAUGAAUAACGAAUAAAUAUUCGAGCGAAGAUACUGUUUCUGUCGAAUCAUCCCAGGUUCGAGCGAGAAUCUCAUUUUUAUCCGUUUAUUCGGAAUUUAUUCGAAGGCUUGCCGAAUAAAAAGAGCAUCUUUAUCCGUCGAAUAAAUACGACUCGGGAUUAUUCGAAGGGUUCGAACGAAGAUGAAGUCUCCUUCGAAUCUUUAUUCGGAGUUUAUUCGAAGGCUUGCCGAAUAAAAAGAGUGUCUUUAUUCGUCGAAUAAACACGACUCGGGGUUAUUCGAAGGGUUCGAACGAAGAUGAAGCCUUCUUCGAAUCUUUAUUCGAUUUUUUUCAUUUAAACAAUUUUUGCAUCCAGACAGUACCCAUCUCUGACGUACAUAUUGCGUUUCUUUCGAAUCCCAUUUGUUUCAACCCUUUGAAGCAUUUCGUCACGAGCGUUUUAUUUCCUCCGCGCGUUGGUCCCGCGCGAAAAGACCAACUCCGACCUUUCCUCUUCUCUCUAACGAUUUCGUUUGAUUCUUUAUAGACUUUUUAUACAUAUUUAUCUUCGUCUAAAGUUUGUCGAAAAAUUCUAGAGUUUAUGUUGGUUGAAGAGCAUAUACCCGGUGGCAUAGAGAAAUACUUUAACGAGAACCAAUUUAACGGGGGGCUCGACGCGUUCGAUUUACGAAUAAGGAGGUUGUUGUUCGACGGAACGGUGGCAUCGACGGGGCGGAAUCGAUACUAUCGUUCGUCUCUUCUCAUCUUCGAAUGCUUCGAAGGGCACGUUCUCGAGGAUUCGAAAGAACUCGGAACCCGCUUAUCGAUUCGCGCGCGACCAACGCGCGACAGACGCGAAUGAUUUGUAACACGUAGCACGAGUAUGCGAGCAAACGUGAUGUUUAAAAUACAUAGUGUACAGUCUUCAGCGUUAUCAUUACCUUUUCUCUGUACGACGAGAACGACGAAAUGGCGAUCGAUCCCCCACCCCGCCCACCCGCAACCCCAGUCGCGGUCCCCUUACGUUGUCCGGUUACUUUCUCUCUGUCUUCCGCUCUUCUUCUCUUUCUUUCUUUUCAUUUUCGAUUCCUGCAACGAAGUCACAACGAGAGAAAAACGCGCCGAAUAAAAUAAGAUAGAAAUUCGCGGCAGAAAUUCGCAAUUUCUCUACCCUUCGCGUACCGCGAACAACCUGUUUAUUUAUUCAACGAGCUUUAGUCUCCCAGGCAAUCUCUUCCUCGACGCAAUUUUUUGUUUAUUUUUCACGAGGACGAGAUUACUCCACGGAUCGCAUUUAACGAGGGGUUGGUAUCGUUGAUCGCUCGAACUCGGAUCGCAGGGGGCCAGGGGGAAGGGGGUGAGAAAUUAUCGAAGAGCACGAGCAAAAUUACCGCGCUGCAAAUUUUAUAUCUUGAUUUUAUAAUUCCAAGUUUAGGAUUCGGAUAUCGGAACGUUACGAAAAUUCCGACUUAAAAGAUUCCAAAAACGGUGGAUAGACCGGGAAAGAAUCGAUUUUUUUUAUAUUAUAUUUUGAAUAUAUUAAAAAGACGAUGGAAAGAAAGAAACGAAGAACCAAGAAAUGUUUCUUUUUUUUUGUGGGGGUUGAAGAUACAGCCCAUCGGGGGGUGUUUCGAGGGGUUUGCUCGUGGUCGAUCGACGCCUUUUGUUUAGCGAUCACGUCUCGAAAGGGGAUCGGUAUAAAAGUUGCGAAUUCAUUGGCGGUCACGCUCGCUUCGCGGAGCUGCGUGUGGUCGUAUCGAUUAUGGCGACGAGGCCACGCGAUGCACAGUUUUGUGCGUGAUUUAAGCGGGAGGACCUUCGUGUUUCUCGUUGUACGAUACAAGCGAUAGUGUUCACCGGUCGAUUUAUUAACUCCUCCCUCCCACUCCCCUCCAGACUUGAACACCCGUCUUAUUUCUGUUUUAAUACACGCAGCGACCUUGGGGGAGCAAUUUACAAAUUACUCUUCUCUCUUCUUUUCGACCUGUGCGUUCUAAAUUUUGUAGAAAAUGCUUCUCGUAUUAUUCUCUCAGUUUUCGGUUGUCAGUUGUACAAAGUCAGGCCUAUAAGUACUCUCCGUGUCUGUCGUUAAAGUGUGGCGUUAAAGAAACUUGUCUCAAUCGAUUAACAAGUUCAAAGUUUCCAAAGAAAAGUUAUUAUAAAUACGUACACGAACAGGCUUUGCGUAUUUAAAAAUUUCUAACGAAAACUUUUUGAAUUUUUGAAUUCGAAAACGUCGAACCUGUCGUUUAAUUUACACGAAUUACUCCGGGGAAUACUUACGGGGACGACUGUGAAUCACGGCGAGUCGAAUUAAAAGUUUUCUUUUUAUUGUUCAAAAAUGCGUUUCGGAAAUACACCGUGGAAACGAUAAUUUGUUCGUGCUCUACGGUGUUUCCGUGUUGCUCGGGAGACACGGAAUUCGUUCGUUCGACAAAAAGGAGAGAAAAGUAUCGACAGACAGUCACGCGACGUGAAAAUAAAAAAGGAAUGAAAAAAAAAAAUUAAAAAAUAAAACGAGUUUCUUUGUAGUUUUUACCGUGGCGUACGAGCACUUCCGAUACGGUGCGUGGAGGCAAUCGAUCUGAGGUUCUAUUAAUACGUCAGACUCGAUUAUCCCGGACGAUAAUCUCGCAAAGUAGGCUAUUAUUUAAUUAUUUAAUAAUAGAAUGGCAAUGAGUUUUAUAUUCCCAUGGUAAAGCCGAUUCUGCAUACCGUGUAUGCUCGCUAUAUUUUGUACUUUGUCCGAAACAGAGAAAAAACUAUGUCGAUUUGUGAUCGUGCGACGACCGAACCCGGAGAUGGGCGAAUUUUUAUUCGAAUAACGAAUAACGAAUCGUGACCAACCACGGAGCGAUUCAUCCUCGCGAACAAUUGUACAUUUACUCGUCGAGUUGUUAAUAUUUUUCGCCCAUCCCUGUUCGUUACGUUCGUACGAGAAGAAAUUAUUGUAAUUUAUGAUUGUAUAGCGAUAUAUAAAUAUAAUGUGUACAUUAUAUGUUAUAUUUAUACGUAUGUAUAUAUGUAAAUGACACGAGUACAUGGUUACUUAAACGAAUCGAAGUUCGAUGAAAUAUAUAUGUAUAUAUAUAUGUAUUAAAAAAAAAAAAAAUAUAUAUAUAUAUACAUAAAUAUAUUUGUAUUGUAAUUUAAGAACGUUAUUGUCUUUUGUCUUAAGGCACAAUACACUGAGGAAAGAAUUAAAUCUGUUGCGUUACCAUUUCAUUAUUGUGCGUCACGUUAUUGUUAAAAAGAAAAAAAAAAAAGAAGAAAAUAUAACGCAUCGGUGGGGAUGCUUUCGUGUAAACAUUUCAGCCUGAGGGCUUCGACAGGAAUACCUUUAACCCUUCGGCUCGGUAGGCGCUUCUUGAGCGCCACUUCCGCUCGCCGCGCCUCUGUUACGUAAUUAAAGGGAUUAAAUGCAAAAGGGGUUGCAACGCACGCUUUGCUAAACAGUUUCAUGCUCAAACGUCUCCCAGUUUCGCUAUUUAACAGUGGAUUCGUACGAUUUAUCAACCGGAACGCGUUAGAAUUACUUUUCGGAAAAUUCCAACCAGCGGAAUUAUCAUUUCAAAAUUUCGAAAUUUGUUCUCGUUCCAUCGCAUUUUUGCGGUUGAUACCGUCGAGCCACGUGCCUCGAGUAAUUUUGUUAUUUUUCAAAAAUUUCGUAACGAAUCGUACUUAAUCAUUUCGAUUAGUAAAAUACGCGUUGUCGAUUCUUCGCUGGAAAUUGUCCGAUCGAAUCUCUUUACGUUCUUCUUCGUAUUUUUCGCGAGAGUUUAGCGUCGACAGAGGCGUUACGCGGCGAAGGGUCGCGUUACAAAAUUUUUACCAGUCUUUCCGGCACAACAGUUUCGCGUUUUAGUACGCAACCUUGCGCCACGGCCGUCCCAGAGUGCGCUGACUCGCGGCGAAUUUAUCUUUGUCGGUAAUUCAGUUUCGCGCAUGUUCACUUCCGGCUCGAAGAACUCCCGAGUAGACGUUAAUAAUUUACACCCGU